CUCGCAUAAUUGUCUCGCAUAUUUCACUUCCCCGCGGACUUGACGAAAAAUAAUUUUAACUAGUAUAUAUGCGAUAUCUAAAGCCCAGAGUUCAAUCCAAACGUUUAAAGAUAAAUUUAAUCAUGUUUGUUAAUAACGUAAUCGGUCUAUUAGAUAAGUACAAUUCGAAGAAUUGCACGUUUGCGGAGUUGCGUCUUUUCACAAGGCAUGUGUCUUAUUAGAAAGUAUUCUCGCUAAAGAGGUUUAACUCAAAAACUAGUUAACCCGGCAACAAGUUUCCAUUUGAAGUGAAACGGUUUCGACGUGCGGUUUGCGCAAACCAGUACGCGUCCGUCUGCGCGACAUGAUUCUUUGCGAUCCCUAGCGUUUUUUCGUUGAACUUCGAAGGCGUUCGCAUGUAGCGUCUGCUCCGGUUCGGAAUGCGUUCGAAACUCGUGCAGGAUGAUCGACACAAUACGGCGAACUCGUGCGGCUGUUAGUUUCGCGAGCAAUCCGACAGGCGGGCGAACAUAACCGCUGGUAGUUCACGACACGUACGGAACCAGUUCUACCUCGAAACCGGUUUGGAACUAGUUCCCUUCGGUUUUUCGGCUUUCUGCAAGAGCGGUGGGCAGCCGACAUCCACGAAUAGCACUCCAACUGCAUUACUUGGCACGAUCACAACGUUGUUGGUGUGCUGAUUUCUGAACGAUAUCAUGGAUGAUAAUAAGGAGCCGAAAGAAGACAAAAUCGAUGGUCACAUGGAAGUCAAAGUAGAGCCGACUCUUCAAUGUUACGUCGAGGAGGAACAUGAGAAUAAUUUUUCGAUUUUGGAGAGUACCAAUGUAAUGCCGUCAAGCAUCGAUGCGAGCGCAUUGCAACUGUGGACCAGCAAGGCCACCGCGUGUUUGAUUAGCCAGUAUAAAAAAUAUCGAUCGCUGGUCGGACAAUCGACGCAGAUCAGAAGUCUGCGGGAGAUGUUUGAGAUGGUAUCAAUAGAGAUGCAGCACAACGGAUUCUUCUUUAGUCCGCAGAAAUGCGAGAACAAGUGGCGAGUUCUUGAACGCAAAUAUAAGAAUCUCGUGUUCCGUGAGCGGCUGAAAAAACCGGGCAGGAUGCGACACUACGGACAAUGGGAGCACAAACGCGCCUUAGACGAAAUCUUCAAUGAGAAGAAAAAGCACGUGUAUUUGGAGGUGAACGAUCAGCAGCCACCAAGCGGAGCAGCGAGAUAUCCCUUCAGACUGCAGAAGCACGGCUGCGAUAAAGGCAACGACUCGCCUGAUGAUCGGCAAAGCGAGGAUCCUCUGGCAACCGCGAGCAACGAGAAAGACAGUGAUAUGUCGGAUUACAAACAAAUCUUGACCACGUCGUUUGAAAGAUUUAUGGAGCAAAUGAUGAAGAAUUUCGAAAAGGCUGAAAAGAAUAAGGAGAAACGACACAAAGAGAAAAUGGCCUUAAAGAAUAAAAAAUUGGAGCUGAAGAAGCAGCUUGUCAAGCUGAAAGAACAAAAAAUGGAAUUGCAAAGAUGCCAAAUAAUUGCUGCCGCACAGAGUUUCCAUUCCAAUAUUAAUUGACGAGUUUGAUUUUACAAUCCAGACAUGAAUAUAAUUUAUAUCUGCAUGUAUAUCGAAUUAAUUGUAAAAUUUAUAUCUGUUUGUUGUAAAUUGAAUAAAAAAAUCAUUAUUUUCUUUAA